AUGAAGCCUUUAAAUUUGAAAAAAGAGAAGGAUAAAUUUUUCAAAUCGAACUUUAUGUAUAACCCUCAGUUUCAAUAUAACAAAACUCCUCUGCCAUCUGCCUCAGCCCAGCACAGCCAUGCCUCCAACAGAUUUCUUCAAGUGGCCAUUAAUAUCAUACAAAACACACUCAAGAAAUAUAACAAUUAUGAAAAUUAUGAACAAGCUACAGGAGGCAAUCUUCUACCAGCAAAGCAGAUCUAUCAGGAAGUACGCAAAUACAUGGAGACUGAAGGGUGUCAAGGGGAGAUUGCUGUUAAUCUCACUGAAGAUGUAAUAUCACAAGCCUCUAUGGGAACUGUGAAAAGGCAACCAACGAUGACAAUAAAUGUCUCUAUGGCACGAGAAAAGUGGCUUCAAGGUACACUGAGACAUGAGAUUGGAACUCAUUAUUUUAGAACAGUCAACAACAGUAAACAGCCAUGGCAUAACAGCAAAGGUCGAGAAGAGUAUGGUCUGGAACCAGCAAAUCCAACCGAAGAAGGACUGGCAACCAUCCACAGCCUUUUAUAUCAUCCUGAUCCCGAUUUGUGCAGAGUUGCCCUCCUGUACUAUACCAUCUACAAAGCAAGCUCAAUGUCAUUCAGUGAACUAUUUGAGCAUUUGAAAAUAUUUGUCAGAGACCCAGAAGUCAGAUGGUAUUAUUGUGUCCGAGCAAAGAGGGGCUUGACAGACACAUCACAGCCAGGAUGUUGUAAUAAGGAUCAGGUGUACCUUGAAGGUGUUCUACAAAUCCUAAGACGCAGACAUACCAUAGAUUUCAAGCUGCUAAUGGCAAUGGGAAAGGUUUCCUACGAGGAUAUAAACCGUCUAAAAAAGACUGCCGUGCUUAGUAAGCCGAGGAUCCCUCAAUUUCUCAAAGACAGAAACCAGUACAUGAUGCGUCUGGAAAAGAUAAUGCAAGUCAACGAACUAACAGACACUUUACUAAAAACGCUUGUCGAUUGUUAA